GGGUGAAUCAAACAGAAUACUCUGGCAAGGUAUACAGCAUUUCCUGGUUGACGAUGAUGAUGUUCUGUCUCAAUCUGCGGACGUCCACAUGCAGAAGGUGCUGGAUGGAGCCUAUGUUUUCUUCUGCGACAAAGAGUCUUUGACUCCAUGGCUGUCAAAUCACUGCGACCUAGCAAUCACCAAAGAGGCACUUCUUCCCUUCACGUAUGCAAUUGGGCUUCCUAAAGAAUCACCUUAUGCGGAUAUUUUUUCUGACACGAUGCUGAAGAUUGACCAGAGCGGAUUGUUCCUUACCUGGAAAAGAAAAUGGUGGCCUCGUGAGAAUUCAUGUCUUGACGAAGGCAAAGCCAGUUCUCGACCGAUAGAACUUAUGGACCUACAGAGUGCAUUUUAUCUGAUUGCUAUUGGUAUCUUCCUGGCAGCCUUUGCCUUAGGGAUCGAGAACCUCCUACUGGCCAGAUUUUGUGUUCCUAAGACCAAAUUGAAUGUGUAGAUAUUUUUUAAAUAUACUUCUCUGGA